CACGCUCAGUGGAUGGACGCGUCGUUCUCACCUCCAGUUAUCGAAUCGCUACCUCAAAGUUCACGGUAGUGUUAACUGUAACCCAAGUUCCCGGUUGUUACAAAUGAAACAAAUCCUAAAUUUAUAAAAGUCUAAAUUGACGUUUUUUUUACUGUUUCGUAGACUAUACAAAACAUUAUUAGUUAAAUCUUUCUAUCAUGUGACCUGAAGAUCUCUAGUUAAGGAAAAAUUUAUCAGGUAUUUAAUUUAUAGUGAAGUAAAAUUAAUUUUAAACAAGUAGAUCAGUACAGCAUGUGGUAGGUACUGAGAACGAGUUUUGAGAGUGAGGCCGAAAAUUAUAUAUCACCCUCGUGCAUUAGUGACUGGUCUUCUCUGCCUCACCUGACGGAGCUAUGAAGGUGUCACCCAUCCUGCUGGGAGCUGUGGCUCUGUUGGUGGUGCCUCGCCCUCACCUCGCCACAUCUCAGGACUCUCAAGAACCCCAGAAUUCUCAGGACCCACAAGACUUUGAAGAUUCUGGCGAGACUAACGAGGGAGCUGACGAAGAACUUCCUGUUGCUGAGGCACUGCGUAUCGGACCUUACUGGCGGCUACCACGGCCGCCGCCACGCGCUGUGCUGGUGGCUGCACGUCGAAGUGACUCUCCCUUUCGACACGAUUUCCCGCCUCGAAACGAAGGCCCCUUUCGACAGGACUUACCGUUUCCAGACGUCCCCCUCACCGACCACCUGUACACGUCUUCCCUCGACAACAUUCAACACAAGAAACUUUCAUCCCACAAUCCAGGAGCGAGUGAGGUGUACCCGCCAGUGUACCGGACCAUAGCGGGGGUGAGCAAUGCUUAUAAGACACGGAGGACCACCCAGACGCCGGACCAAGUGAGGACCAUAGAGACCAUGACAGCCGAGGAGUCCUGGACCAUCCUUGGGGUGCCGUUCUCAGGCCUUCCCAGGCGUAGGCGUCCAGGGCAUGGUCCUCCACCCCAUCACCGUGUUCAGGGGCGAAUCAGGGGCAGGAAGGCACCCCCCAAGGUUAGGGCGCCACCCAGGGUCAGACAGAACCUCCGCCGCCCACAACCAGCUAUCCUUGCGCCCGUACACCGCCCACUGUCCCUCCCUUCUCCACAACAGCCCCCGACCACGCCCCCACCCCCCGACCACGUCCCCACGCCACCCACGACAGCCCCCGACCACGUCCCCACGCCACCCACAACAGCCCCCGACCACGCCCCUGCCACCCACCACCUUCACUCCUGA